AGCUGAGUGAAGUUCAGUUCUUGAAAACAAAAAUCUAAUCCUAACAUUUCAAACAAGAGUGUGUAGCCUACUUGGUGUUAACUUUAACUUACUAGAAACAUUUUUAAGGAGAACAGAAGAGAUCAGACUCAUCUGAGAUCAGUUGUGUGUCUAUGAACAGUGACUGUUCUAUGGAGAUACCAACGACAUUUAAAGAUGGAGACACGUCACCUGAUCAGAGAUCAGUUAAGCAGAAGAGAUCAGACUCACCUGAGAUCAGUUGUGUGUCUAUGAAGAGUGAUGCGUCCAUGAUGGAACCACUGACAUUUAAAGACACGUCACCUGAUCACAGGUCAUUAAUGUUGUCUGGAUCAGACUCAUCAGAUCAGAUCAGAGUUUCUGUGAGUGAUCAGACUAUAAGUGAUCUACAGUCAGAUGAAAGAGACUCUCAUAGUUCCAGUUAUUGUCGUCAUCUUCCUGAAGUCCUCAACACAUUCAGAUCAAACCUGAGGAAGAAGUUUGAGUGUUUGUGUGAAGGAACAUCAGAUGAGAGAAACCCAACACUGCUGAAUGAGAUCUACACAGAGCUCUACAUCACAGAGAGUGAAAGUGGAGAGAUCAGUAAUGAACAUGAGGUGAGACAGAUUGAGACACAAUCCAGGAGAACAGCAACAGAGGACACACCAAUCAAAUGCAAUGACAUCUUUAAAGCUUUACCUGCACAAGACAAACCCAUCAGAAGUGUGCUGACAAAGGGAGUCGCUGGCAUUGGAAAAACAGUCUCUGUGCAGAAGUUCAUUCUGGACUGGGCUGAAGGGAAAGAGAAUCAGGACGUCCACCUCAUAUUUCCACUUCCUUUCAGAGAGAUCAAUCUGAUGAAGAACCAAACACUCAGUCUUUUACAUCUUCUUCAUCUUUUCUUCCCAGAGACAAAAGAAAUGGAAAUCUCCAGCGGUGAAUAUAAAGUGUUGUUCAUCUUUGAUGGUUUGGAUGAGUGUCGUGUGUCUCUGGAUUUUCACAGCAGUGUGAGGUUGUGUGAUGUCAGUGAAUCAGCCUCAGUGGACGUGAUGCUGACAAACCUCAUGAAGGGGAAUCUGCUUCCCUCUGCUCUCAUCUGGAUCACCUCCAGACCAGCAGCAGCUGAUCUCAUCCCCUCUGAGUGUGUUGAUCGAGUCACAGAGGUACGAGGCUUCACUGACAAACAGAAGGAGGAAUACUUCAGCAAGAGAAUCAGUGAUGAGAGUCUGAACAACAGAAUCAUCUCACACCUGAAGUCAUCCAGGAGCCUCUACAUCAUGUGUCACAUCCCAGUGUUCUGCUGGAUUUCAGCCACUGUUCUAGAGAGAAUGUUGAGUGAAGCAGAGAGUGAAGGAGAGAUCCCCAAGACUCUCACUCAAAUGUACACACACUUCCUGAUCAUUCAGACAAACAUCAAACAUCAGAAGGACUAUGAGAAGAAAGUGAAGAAUGAUGAAGACAUGAUCUUCAAACUGGCCAAACUGUCUUUUGAGCAGCUUGUGAAAGGGAACCUGAUCUUCUAUGAUGAGGACCUGAGAGAGUGUGGCAUUGAUGUAGCAGAAGCAUCAGUGUACUCAGGAUUGUGCACUCAGAUCUUCAGAGAGGAGUUUGGCUUGUAUCAGGGGAAAGUUUACUGCUUUGUUCAUCUGAGCGUUCAGGAACAUCUCGCAGCUCUUUAUGCUCACAUCUCCAUCACAAACAACAAGAGAAAUGUGUUUAAUAAAUCUAGAAAAUCACCUCAAGUAGAGACGUCAAUAUUUGAGCUGCAUCAGAGAGCUGUAGAUGAGUCUCUACGGAGUAAAAAUGGAUAUCUGGAUCUUUUUCUUCGUUUUCUUCUGGGUUUGUCUCUGGAGUCUAAUCAGAAUCUUCUAGGAGGUUUGAUGACACAGACAGUAAGAAGCUCUCACAGCAAUGAGAAAACAGUCGAGUAUAUCAAGAAGAAGAUCAGCAGCACUCGCUCUCCAGAGAAAUCCAUCAAUCUGAUUCACUGUCUGAAUGAACUGGAUGAUGAUUCACUGCUGCAGGAGAUUCAACAUCAUGUGAAAUCUGAAUCAGUCGGACGCUCCAAACUCUCCUCUUCACAGUGGUCAGCUUUAGUUUUUGUGUUGUUGAUGUCUGAACAGCAUUUGGAUGAACUUGAUCUGAAGAAAUUUAUUGGAGGUGAAAAUAAAGCAAAGAAAGUUCUUGUGAAACUGAAGCCUGUGAUUAAAGAAUCCAGAAAUCUUCAGUUGAGUCACUGUAAGAUCACAGAUGAAGGUUGUGUUGCUCUGACUUCAGCUCUGAGAUCAAACCCCUCACACCUGAGACAUCUGGAUCUGUCUGAUAAUAAUGUAGGAGAUUCAGGAGUGAAGCUGAUCUCUACUGUACUGGAGAAUCCUCACUGUAAACUGAAGACACUGACGUUGAGUCAGUGUAAUAUCACAAAUGAAGGUUGUGUUGCUCUGACUUCAGCUCUGAGAUCAAACCCCUCACACCUGAGACAUCUGGAUCUGUCUGGUAAUAAUGUAGAAGAUUCAGGAGUGAAGCUGAUCUCUACUGUACUGGAGAAUCCUCACUGUAAACUGAAGACACUGAAGUUGAGUCAGUGUGAUAUUACAGAUGAAGGUUGUGUUGCUCUGACUUCAGCUCUGAGAUCAAACCCCUCACACCUGAGACAUCUGGAUCUGUCUUAUAAUAAUCUAGGAGAUUCAGGAGUGAAGCUUCUCUGUGAGCUGAGAGAUGAUCCACAUUAUAAACUAGAGACAGUGAUGACUGAAUGGUGAUGUCAGUAAUGUGUGUGUUUAAAGGUGUGUGUGUGUAAUCUUCAUUAUCAUCUGAUGGACAAUAAGAAGACGACACUAUAGUGACAUCACAGACACACAAUCAACACAGACUGAAGACACAAUAACACCUCACACUGAUGACACUGUUUGAAAACAAUCAUUCACACAUUCAGUUUCAUAAUCCUGUGAUAGUCUUGAUGAAGUGACUGAAAAACUUCUUCAACAAAAGAAAAUGAUGUUACACAAUAUUGUCAGGAAAGUAAACACACACAAAUGUUGUGUAAACUCCAGUAGAUUUGAAUCAAAUAGAGCAAAUCUAGUGUGUGUGUUCAGAGAUGUACAGUAAAGAUCAUCAUGUGUGUGACUCACUUUAUCAACCAAUAAAACAAAUGAAUUUAAACGUCACAACAUCUGUAUAAAUAUAUAAAUUGUUUCAUGUAAAAUCUCUGUGACAUCUUUAGUGUGAUAAAGUGUUGGCAAAAUAUACCAAAAUCUUUCUUUGAAAAGUCAACAUCGCCCUCUGUUGGUCAUAAUGUGGAACACUUUAACCUCAGAAAAACAUUUAGUCAUUUAACCACAUUGUUCAGGAGUCAGUCGUUUUAUUUGAAGCUUUCUAGUUUACAGAUGUCAUCAAUAUGAUGAAUGAGCUCAGAUAGAUUCUUUCUGAUAAAUUAAUGAACCAUUAAAUUCAUGUUAAAAUUCAUAAAUUCUUAGUGUUCGAUAAGCAGCACUUGUCAUGUUGUGAACAUAAAUGUAUAAAGCUUGAAUAUAAGUAUUAUUAUAUUAAUGAUAAUAGAAAACUGAAAUUUGACGUAAUGUGACGUUUUAAUGUUAUAACUGCAUGAACAAAAAGAGGAAUUCUAAUGAAAUACAUGCUCAAUAGUGAGUAAUUUCUCACAUGUUAUAAACGCCUAAAAAAAUUAUUUAUUCUUCAUUAAUUUGACUCGAAAGCAGAAUUAUUGUUAUCUUGAUUUUGAUCAGACUGGACACUUUUGUUGUGUUUCUUAUAUCUGCUCACUAUUUGGCAGGUAUUUCGUUAAAAUCCCUU